UGAACCUGGUCCUUUCUGCGCGUAAUUGGGGCCAGCUCGAAAGCUCCCCAUAAUGUCCAAAGAAGCCCAAGCUAUGUUGGCACCAGUCGCGCAGACGUCUGGUGUGAAAGGACUUCGCACGAACGGCAAACAAUGGCAUCAGACGAAGACUGCAUUCCGGCCACGAGCCAACCAGACAUCUUACGCGAAACGUACGGAGGAAAGAAAAGCUCAUGCUGCUACUAAGGCAAAGGAAAAGGAUAUGAAGGAGGAGAAGGAGGCGGCGCGACAACGACGGAUUGAAGUUAUAAGGACGAAGAGAGCCGCCAAGGGGGAGAGAGAGAGGUACCAAAAGAUGGAGGAGAAGAUGCAUAAGAAGCGAGUCGAUCGUCUAAAGAGACGAGAGAAACGAAACAAGAUGCUCAAAUCGUGAAGCAAAACUCCCGAUGUCAGGCGCAGACCACUUUAGGUCUCAGGAAAGACAUAUACGUUCGCCUGGUGACCUCGACCCACGAGGGAGGCCAAACAUGCGCCUGCUGAGAGGCACAUCGCUGCUUGGAUGCUCUGUCACGGCAGCUUAGCGCUGUAAUCAUUGCAAUACCGGAGACUUUCUAGUGUCCAUCAAACUGACAUACACACACUUUCGAAUACUCGGUUGUCGAGAGAGGAUGGGGCAACUUGGGAUGAAGGGAGCUUCAUACAGGCCAGAGAUGAGUUUCGGGAGACUAGCCCACCAGUUGAAGAAAACAAAUAACUGAACAUUUUCG